AGUGCUUUGCAACGAUGACGUUCAGAGCAUAGCUGAACACAUAGACGGAGACGAUCACGUGGCCGGCUCACCAGAGCCCCCGAGCCAACAGCCGGUGCACCCCCUUUCCAACCUCGGCACCACGGCUGAUUGUUCUCAUCUCGAGACACCAGCACACCCGAACACCAGGGGUAAAAUCCCACCCGAACCAUCGCGGAGCGCCUUAUAAAUCAAAGCGUUGGCCAUUUUCCACCUUGCAAAGCGUCUUUUCGGGCCUGAGAGCUUGUUCUUUUCUUUGUUGGCCCUUUUCCCCCUUUUCCUGCUCACGUACAUUUUCGCAGGUUAUUAUCCAGCUUGAUUGAUCUGGCGUAGCGACUGAUCUCUGCCGAAUUCAGCUGACAGAGAAGGAGAGACCGUGAGAGAAAGCGUUACACAUUCAUUAAUCGCCGUUGUUGCUUGCCGUAUUGAGCACUUGCUUGCCGAGAUAUAAACCGAAUAUAUAACAAUGGCGCUCUUUGGAAAGAAGAAGAAGGAGGAGCCACCAGCAGUGGAUCCUUCGAAGCUGAUCAAGACCGAGGUUCCAUUUGAUACACUUCCUGUUGGUUCCAAGAUCCCGGAGGAACGUAAGUUGACAGAUGAACAGCAGGAGAAAUACAAGCUGAUCUUGAAGCACUUCCAAAACCCUGACUUACAGGUGUACACCACGGAGAAGAAUCCGGCUGAGAAGAAGCCACUGUCAGAGUAUGAGAAGGCAUGGCUGACAAAGGAGUGCUUCCUGAGAUACCUCAGAGCCACUAAGUGGGUGGUUAAGGAUUGUAUUGACCGUAUUGAGGGUUCCAUUGCCUGGAGACGUGAAUUCGGCAUCACUGGUGAGAACGAUACCGUGACCCCAGAAUUGGUGUCUGAGGAAGGUGAAACCGGUAAGGAGGUUAUCCUCGGUUAUGAGAAUGACGCAAGACCUAUUCUGUAUUUGAAGCCAGGCCGUCAAAACACGAAGACAUCCUUCAGACAGGUUCAGCAUUUGGUGUUCAUGUUGGAAAGGGUGAUCGAUUUCAUGCCUCCUGGUCAGGACUCCUUGGCCUUGCUCAUUGAUUUCAAACAAUAUGACGAUGUGCAAGGUCACCAGACCUCAAAGAUCCCACCUGUGAACGUUGGUAGACAAGUGUUACACAUUCUCCAAACUCAUUACCCAGAGAGAUUGGGUAAAUCGCUCUUGACUAAUAUUCCAUGGUUAGGGUGGACUUUCUUGAAGAUUAUCCACCCCUUUAUCGAUCCAUUGACCAGAGAAAAGCUUGUAUUUGACGAGCCAUUCCCAGAUUACUGUCCAGUGGAGCAAUUGGAUAAGUUGUACGGGGGUUACGUCGACUUCACCUACAAGCAUGAGGUUUACUGGCCAAAGAUGAAUGAGAUCGCCACACAAAAGAGAGACCACUACCACAAGAGAUUUGAGAAAUUCGGCAGUAUCGUUGGUCUGAGUGAACGUGAUUUGAGAGGUGAUGAUGAGGAACUGCACCAUCCAGUUGAACAGCUGUGGGAGGCCGAACACCCAAAGCAAGAAGGAUCAACAGAUAAAGUUCCAGAGCCUGUGGAAACCAUAACAGAGAAAGUUGAAGCACUUCAAGUUUAAUCAUUGGUAAUUUCAGAUAUAUUAUAGUGUUUUUUCACCAUCUCAGAACAUGAUAUAGCUCAUAGACUUAACUUGAGACCGAGGACAGAUGUGUAGAUGUGGGA